UUUGAGCAUAGUUGUUUUUAAUUUUACAGCUAGAAGUUUUAUACGUUUUAAAAUAUCAUACAAAUUUGUUCUAUACAUUUUAAGAGGAUUAUGCAUUCAAAAAGUAUUAUAUUCCUAAUAUGUUUUCUAAAUUUCACGACGCAAACAAUAGCUGGAAGAACGUCAAGAUUCUUUCAUUUACCUUUAUCUUGUUUCAAGGGUGGAUCUACCAUGGAUGACCUUGAUCGUAUAGCGUAUGAAAAUGAGGAGCCAAGUAUUGAAAAGAAAUAUGAAAAUAAAAAACAUGAACAGAGUAUCGUACCUGUACCAGUGGAUCCACAAAUAGAACUCAGAGCUAUAGCAAAACAAACGGCUCUGAAAUACUUCAAUUAUUAUAUGGCUGAAAGGGUUGCAAAUGAAAAUAAUAGUGGUAUGAAAAUGACAGUCAAAAUUCAUUGCACAUAUAAAGAAACAACCAAUUCGUAUGAAGAAUAUAUGAUGAAUACACCAGCCUUAAUUACAGAUGGCGUGACAGAUUUAUUAACAGAUAGAAGUACGACAACAAAUGAAAUUGUGCAAUUGGAUCAGGAACAAUUAAAUGCAGAUUUCAUAAAUCUAAAUAAUGUAAAUUUAAUUACGGAUGGAAAUACAAAUACGGAUACUGGUAUUUUAGAUUUAAUGGUUACAGGUGAUCAGAUGUAUAAUCUUGACCAAGCAUUAGUCCCCAGCGAGCCUGUCCUGGAUAUUUCUAAUGCACAAACUUUGAAAUCAAUGGCCAACAAUCCUUUUGUUGAGAAAGUUGAAGGCGGACCGAACAGUCAAUCGGCUACUAUUGCUUAUCUUCAACCUCCGGGCAUCAUAAAUCCGAUAGAAAACGUUGGUAGUAAUAUGGCUACUAUUCCUUAUCUUCAACCUCAAGGCAAUAUGAAUCCGAUGUCAAACUAUGGUAUAAAUAAUAUGCAAAAUCAACAAGCAAUUCCUUCUUUAAACCAAUACUCGAACAAUUUUCAAUCCAGAUAUCCUAUUCCAUAUAAUAUGCAAAAUCAACAAGUAAUUCCUUCUUUAAACCAAUACUCGAACUUUACUGCAGCUCUUGGCUCAACUACCAAUCAACCUAAAGCGACACCAACUAAGGACAAACCAUAUAUGAGCAAUUCGCUUUUCAGCGAAUUUAAUCAAAUAAAAAAAGACCCAAACGGUGGACAAACGGCCAUGAAAGUUUAAAAACAAAAGAAAAAGGUGUUGAAAAAGAACAGAAAAUAGAUAAAUUUUGUUGUUUAUUAAUGCUAUAUUACAAUAUAUAAAAGUUAAAACUAAAAAAAUUAAAUUUAAAUAAUAUUAAAGUUUUGAUUUCGGUAUUUUACAAUUAUUAU